GAUAAUCUGGAUAGGGAUCCUGUGUAUCAGUGUCCAUGGCACUCAAUAGUUCUGCAGCUCGGAUCUUAUAGGUCUUCUCAUUAUUUCUGUGUAUUUCGUUUAUCUCCUACAUUUAGCAUAGAAGGGGUGGUAAAUAAUAUGACAUUUGUUAUCCAGUUGUUUUUGUUCCUGUCACAGGAAGUUCAAUGGCUCACUCUGUAUGAGUCUGUCUUCAUUAAGAUCUCUACUCUUUGUACAAAAUACACCAUAGAGCUGACAAUGGACCUGGCAUGGAGUGAGAAGACUAAACGAGUGUUAAACAUCACCUUGGAGAUUGUCUACCUGCUGAUCGGAGUGGAUUAUAUAGAGGUAAAGAAGCAUAUUGAGCAUAUUCCAUACAGUAGAAUCCCCUCCAUGGCAGUAUUCUGCCGGAGCCAGAAACCCAAACAUGUAUCUGCACCUCCCUCGCUGAUCCAUGAGAGAACCAAUGAGCAGAAGAUCCUGGAACUGACCAAUCAGAUCAUUGAGCUGCUGACUGGAGAGGUUCCUAUAUGGGGUGACAAUUUCUUCAUGGAGCAGUGGGACAGUUUAGAAGGACAGACAGACCCAGUUAUUGACAAGUUUACCUCGAAUCACCUGCCUUUGACUUCAGUGGAUUUUUCUGAAUCCAAAAAUUCAUCUGCACUUAUUAAGGAUGAAUUAUCCACAAGUGAAGUAACUCUCCCAGACAUUUCUACACCCACAGAACAUCCACAGACAGAAUAUCCAUCUACUCAAGUUAAAGAGGAAUCGACAUCUGGCAAAGAAAGAAAUCUCACAGACAUUUCUACACCCACAGAACAUCCACAGACAGAACAUCUAUCUACUCAUAUUAAAGAAGAAUUGGCCUCAAGUGACAAAGAUAUCACAGACAUUUCUACUCCCACUGAACAUGCACAGACAGAACACACAUUUAUCCACAUUAAAGAGGAAUCGGUCUCAAGUGAAGAAGAAAAUCACAUGGACACAGACAUGUAUACAGACACAGAACAUACCCAGAUAGACUAUACAUCUAUUCAUAUUAAGGAGGAAUCGGCCUUGGAUGAAGAAGAUCUGACAGACACCGACACUUUUACACCAACAGAACAUCCACAGACAGAAUAUACUUCAAUUCAUAUUAAGGAGGAAUCCGUCUCAUGUGAAGAAGGCAAUCUCACAGACACAGACAUCAAUGUGAUAUAUAACUGUCCUAAGUGCCAAAUAACAUUUAAAAGCCAAACAGAAUUAAUUCAGCAUAGGACAGACCACAAACAAGAAAUCAGUGGCUGCAACGAACAUAAAAAAGAGAAAGUGUACACAUCAGAAAGUUCUGAAACAGAUAAAUGUUUCAGCCAAUCCUCAAGUCGUGAUCCAUCUCAUAAAGUUCACACGGGGGAAAAACCAAUGAUAUGUACUUGUGGGAAAUGUAUUUGCCCAAAUGCAAAGCAUCAAAAAUUGCAACCAAAAGAAAAACCAUAUGGUUGCUCUGAAUGUGGGAAGUUUUUUAGUCGUAAGUCAGAUCUUGUUGUACACCAGAGAAUUCAUACUGGAAAGAUGCCUUAUUUGUGUCUGGAAUGUGGAAAAUGUUUUAACCGCAAGUCUGUUCUUGUUCGUCAUCAAAGAGUCCACACAGGGGAGAAACCGUAUUCCUGCUCUCAAUGUGGAAAAUAUUUUACUCAUAAGUCAGGUCUUGUUAAACAUCAGCGGAUUCACACAGGAGAGAAACCCUAUUCCUGUCCUUAUUGUGGCAAGUGUUUUACCCAGAACUCUCACUUUAUUACACACAAGAGAAUCCACACUGGAGAAAAACUGUAUUCUUGUUCUGAAUGCGGGGAGCGUUUUAGACGCCGGACCCAGCUAAGUAAACAUGUGAGAAUUCACAACAAAAUAUAGCAUUUCACGAAUACUUAGAAAAACUAACUCCCAUUCACAGUUAGAUAUCCAGCUAAAUAAUAACAUAUUCUGGACAUCCGUCAUGAUUGCCUUUUAUUUCUGGAGCUGUGGGGUUAAGACUUUUAUCCAAGCUUCUAUUAAAGUGCACCUCUCUCUUUAUAGAUAAAACGACCCCAACAUUAUGUUGGCAUUACUAUGAAAUUUCAGUGCAGUCAAAGAGUAAAUGUUAGAAAAAUACGGACUUCAGCUAAUGUACAACUAUGGUAAAAGAAAACAUGGGGAAAAAAAUCUGAAUAUUGAUGAUUUUCCAGGUGCUUUGCCUUUUCCUGUUAGCUACCGUGAUUGAUGGCUGAUGGAUAAAAGACAUUGUCUUAGACAUUGCCGAAUGGAUUCUUAUGCAAUCUGCAUACCUAAUUAAAUAAAGAUGGCAGUGCCAAUGGAGAAGGGUUCAUUUAGGAGGCUCCCCCGUCCAUUUUACCGCCUGGCACCAUUCUGUGGACGUGUUACCUGGGGAAGUCUUUGUAAAAAUGGCAAGAGCUCCACUAAUGACAGGUUCACUUAAAGAGCAGGGAAAGCAACAGGUUGGUGGAUCUAGGAAAGGUAAGUACUAAAGUCUUUACCGUGGUUGGCUGAGUGGUCUAAAACUGAUAUUCUGCUAGGGUAUCAUGUAGUACCAGAACAAUGUAAUAAAUACUUUCACUUUACCAGGGCUGUGCAAAUUCAAUAAAGAGGCAAUCGUAAAAUUAAAGUUUGUUUUAUA